AGUGCUCUAAUAAAGUCAAAAGUUUUAAGAUAUUUUCAGAUAUUACAAAUAAUUUCAAAGUAUGUUAAAUAACAUUAUAGUAUACACAUAAAGACUGUUCAGACUCAAUUUAUUAGCUUUAUAAUUCGACGUAUAUUUAAAUUGUUUGAAAUAUCUUAUCAAAACAGAUAAUUCGAUAAAAAAAUGCUUGUUUCUGAGAUGAUAAUAAUGAUAUAUGUUUUAUUAUUUACCUUGAUAAUUUACUGCGAAGGUAGAAGCUUGCGCCGUGACCGCUCUAUAUGUUCUGGGUCUUCGAAGAUCGACAUACAGACCAGCUAUGGUGUCAAAAUCGAGCCAUUUGAUCAAAGCAAUGUAUAUAUAGACUCACUCUCAGAACCCUUUGAGGACAGGCAUUCACUGAGGUUUGAAUUCAAGACUACUUCCGGUAACGGCACGUUAUUUUAUGCAGUCAGGCGGAACGACCUUCAAGACAUGGUUUCCGGAAGUCUGCACGAAGGUUACCCACAGUUUAAGAUCAGAUGCAUGAGUUCAUACGCUGACUUUACAAUUCCAGUUCGAGUUGAUGACGGAGAAUGGCAUAGGGUGCGAUUCAUCAGACGGCACGGAAAAGGUAUAUUUCUCGUAGAUGAAUUAGAGUACUUCGACCAGUAUUACGUCAGUUGUGGGGGCUUUACGUCAAUCAAUUUCGGCAACAGAAACCCGGCGCACUAUCAGUCUAAAAGUGUAAAAGAAUUACAGGACAAGGACGGACAGAUGGAUGGUUGUAUAAGGAGGUUUUACAUCAGUACGGGAAAAGACGCCCAUCCACACUACACUACUGUGUCCGAGUGCAACUGAAGAGGGAAUCUUAGCCGCGCGGUCGUUGUUGCUAUUCUGUUCUCCGUUCGGAUCUAGGUAUAAAUUUAUACCGAAAGAAACUUUUGACAGUUCCGGCGGUUACCAUUAGUUAUCCGUCGCCAUGGUGUUUUACAGCUGUGAAUUUGGUUGUUGAAACAUAUUCAUGUUCGGCAUUGCUUACUGGAUUCAACAAAAUAUAUAUUUGAUAAGCAAAUCGUUGACUGAGUAAGACUUCGAACAGAUGAAGCAAAUGUCACAGUACUGUUUCUAUAAAAAAAAACACUUUUAUCACUCAAUGUCAUUGUUGUUGCAAAUGUGCAGUGAACAUUUUAUCCGUCCAAAUAUUGUUUACGUAACAUGUAUAUUUAAACACGGUGAAAUAUAAUUGAAAUCAGCCCUAAAUAACGCUAAGCAAUCUAAUUAAAAUCCUAAAUAACGCUACACAUUAUCUGAACUUUAGUCAGGUUGAAACACAGUGUCACUUACCAUCCGUCAAAUAAUAUGACUCAUAAUCAUGAAAUACUUUACAUACAAAGUUCUUUUGUAUGCUCAGAAAAAAAAUUCUUCUGUUCGCGCCAUAAACAUUCGCAACUGCUUUUUGAGUUUUAAAAAAGUGCAUUGUCGGACAGUUUAUGAGGGACUUUUAUUUAUAUAUCAUACAUAGUUACAAAGUCAAGUACAACUUAAAAGUGAAACAAUUCGGUUUAUUAUGUGCAAUAGGUUAUAUUUUGUGGUUUUUUUUAUUCUUUAUUUUCAAACAUUGCAUCAUUUGUAAGCACUCAUUACGUCACUAAUCAUCUAUGUUUAAUAUUGUAUUAGUCAUGAUAUUUUAAUCAUGACUCAAAUCAUGCGUUGUUUUUGUUAAUUUCGCUUAACAUAAUCAUGUGAUACCUUACCACAAUUUUGUUAUUGAUUGACUUGUUUAGCAAGAGUUAAAAUGAAUAAAUGCUUUAU